AAGUCUUUGGAUAUAAUCCUCAAGAAAAUGAAACAUAAAAUGGUUGAGAAUAUGAGCACAACCACUGCCGAUGCACUCGGACUCAGUCGGGCUAUACUUUGCAAUGAUAAUUUAAUCAAAAAAUUAGACGAAUUGGAAAGAAAUGAAUACAUAUAUCGAGGUCUUAUGGAUCACACAAAACAUGUAUCGAUUCUUUAUGCAAAUUCUAAAUUAAAUACACAAAUAUUAAACAUUUUGGUUAAUUGUAAAGCAUUUGGAGAUAUAUUUGCUGAGAUCGGUGUCAAAGAGCCUCAGCCACAGGCGAGCGAAGCCUUCUCUAAGUUUGGAGAAACUCAUCGAUCAAUUGAAAAGUCGGGACAAACAAUGCUUUCCUCUAUUAAACCGAUGAUAAGCGAUUUGAAUACCUAUUUGAAUAAAGCGAUUCCCGACACAAAGUUAACAAUUAAAAAGUAUGCGGACGUCAAGUUUGAAUAUCUGUCGUAUUGUCUGAAAGUGAAGGAAAUGGAUGACGAAGAAUACACUUAUCAAGCAUUACAGGAGCCGUUAUAUCGGGUCGAGACGGGUAACUAUGAGUACCGA